CCCCACCGUGAAGGCACAUUUCCUUCCUAGUCUUGGCUUCUCUUAUCUGGGAGAAUUUUUUUUCCCCCCAAGCGAAGCAUGAACAGUCGUUAAGUGGAAAAUGGAGGCUGAAUUGUACAUGGCGGUUCUUACCUGCUUCAUCCUCGGGAACUCAGAGGGCUUUCAGAUUGUCCAUGUCCAGAAACAACAGUGCCUUUUCACAAAUAAGAUAGUGGUCCUGGGCUUGUGCGAUGGGACCAGCCAGAACCAGCAGUGGAUGUGGACGGAGGAUGGAAAGCUCCUUCAUGUUAAAUCUGCGCUGUGCCUGGCCAUCUCCAAUUCCUCUGGUGGCCCUUUCCAAUCAGUCAUCUUUGCCCACUGCUCUCAGGCACCUCGAUGGACUUGCCAUGAGAAGGAAGGGUUCCUGGAAGUGGAAAAUGCCUCUCUCUUUCUCAAGAAACAAGGCUUCAAGGUAGUGGUCAAGAAGGGCAGGAAGUACCUCCACAGCUGGAUGAAAAUGGAUGUCAACAAGGAGGGAAAACCAGUCAAUGAAAGCCUCUGCUUGAAAAAAGCUGGCCUGGGAGCGGAAGUUUCAGUAAGGACCACUAGAAACACGGCUCCUCCUCAAAUCUCCACCACUUUUAAUGCACUUCCGUAUAGCCCAGGACACCUAAUUAGGAACACCACAGAGGCCUUCACCAGAAGUACUACAGGAAACAGCAGCCAGAUGCAGGAUCCCAGUCUGCAGAUGGCUGGAAUUACAUCUUGGGACCCUUGGACUACUCAGCCCUUCUCCAGCACCACUGAAGAGACUGGAUUGGGGGAACCAGUGAGAUGCAACUUCACCCUGACGCAGUCCAGGGUCUCCAGCCGGUCCGUGUCUCUGCAGUGGAGAACUUUGGCGUCACCCUGUAACUUUAGCCUCAACUACAGCAGUGACACGUCGGGGGUCGCGUCCUGCCACCCCGUGCGGAUAGACAACGCCACCUAUGGAUGUAACCUCAAGGAUUUACGAGCGGGAACCAUCUAUAACUUAAGGAUUGUGUCUCAGGAUGGAGAAGAGAGAACUGUGGUCUUGCAAACAGAUCCUUUGCCUCCUGCUAGGUUUGAAGUCAAUAAAGAGAAGACUACAUCAACCAGCUUGCAUGUUUGGUGGACUCCUUCUUCUGGGAAGGUCUCCUGGUAUGAGGUGCAGUUACUUGAUGAUAAACAAAAGACACAGGAGUCCCAGAUUCAAGGAAGAACUUCAAGGAAUGAAUAUACAUUUUUUAACCUCACUGCUGGUAAUAAGUACAAUAUUACCAUCACAGCUGUUUCUGGAGAUAAACAUUCCUCUACAGUUUAUACCAAUGGAUCAACAGUGCCGUCCCCAGUAAAAGAUAUUAGUAUUUCACCGAAAACUGAUUCUCUCCUGAUUUCCUGGUCACGUGGCUCUGGGAACGUGGAAAGAUACCAGCUGAUGCUAAUGGAUAAAAGGAUUCUAGUUCAUAGUAAUGCCGUGGACAAAUACGCUACUUCCUACACCUUUCAUGGACUGACACCUGGUCACCUCUAUAAUGUCACCAUUGUUACUGAGGCGGCAGGGCUGCAAAACUACAGAUGGAAACCAGCCAGGACAACCCCCAUGGAAGUCUCAAAUUUGAAGGUGACAAAUGGUGGCUCUUUGACCUCUCUGAAAGCCAAGUGGCAAAGACCUUCUGGAAAUGUGGAUUCCUACAAUGUUACCCUGUCUCACCAAGGGGCCAUCCAAGAAUCCAGACUGUUAGCACCCCAGAUUACUGAAACUCAGUUUAAUGACUUAACCCCUGGGCGACUUUAUCAUGUCACCAUCAGCUGUGUCUCUGGUGAACUGUCUGCUCCCAAGGUGGCGGUGGGCAGAACAGUUCCAGAAGCAGUUGGGGACCUGGAGGCCAACAGCAGUGGUUCUACGAGGUCCCUGGUAGUGAGCUGGUCGCCCCCUGCUGGAGACUGGGAGUGGUAUCGUAUCCUGCUCUUGAACGAUUCUUUAACGCUGCUCAACAUCACCGUGGGAAAGGAGGAAACACACUAUGUCAUAGAUGACGUGGGGCUCAUACCGGGAAGACAGUAUGAGGUAGAAGUCACUGUUGUGAGCGGAAAUCUGAAGAAUUCUAAGCGUUGCCAGGGCAGGACAGUCCCCCUGGCUGUCCUCCAUCUUCGUGUCAAACACGCCAAUGAGACCUCGCUGAGCGUCAUGUGGCAGAGCCCUGCAGCAGAAUGGGAGAAAUACAUCACCUCGCUAGGCGACAGAGACCUCAUAUUUAUCCAUAAGUCGCUCCCCAAGGAUGCCAAAGAAUUCACUUUUACUAACCUGGUGCCUGGGCGAAAAUACAUAGCUACAGUCACCAGCAUUAGCGGAGACUUGAAAAAUUCAUCUUCAACAAAAGGAAGAACAGUGCCUGCCCAAGUGACUGGCUUGCAUGUGGCCAACCAAGGAACAACAAGCAGUCUAUUUACUAACUGGACCCAGGCCUUGGGAGACGUAGAGUUCUACCAAGUCUUACUCAUCCAUGAAAACGUCGUCAUCAAAAAUGAAAGUGUCUCCAGUGAGACCAGCAGAUACAGCUUCCACUCGCUCAAAUCGGGCAGCCUCUACUCUGUGGUGGUAACGACAGUAAGCGGAGGAAUCUCUUCGCGACAAGUGGUGGUGGAGGGAAGGACAGUCCCCUCCAGUGUGAGUGGAGUCACGGUGAACAACUCUGGUCGCAAUGACUACCUCAGCGUAUCCUGGCUGCCGGCUCCUGGAGACGUGGACAACUAUGUGGUGACACUCUCCCACGACGGCAGGGUGGUUCAGGCCCUCGUGAUCGCCAAGUCUGUCAGCGAAUGUUCCUUCAGCUCCCUCACCCCGGGCCGCCUCUACAACGUGACCAUAACUACGAGGAGUGGCAAGUACGAAAGCCACUCCUUCGGCCAAGAGCGGACAGUGCCUGACAAGGUCCAAGGAGUCAGUAUUAGCAAUUCAGCCAGGAGUGACUAUUUAAAGGUGUCCUGGGUACACGCCACUGGAGACUUUGAUCACUACGAAGUCACCAUUAAGAACAAAAACAACUUCAUUCAAACGAAAAGCGUCCCCAAGUCUGAGAACGAGUGCAUAUUCGUUAAGCUAGUCCCUGGACGGUUGUACAGUGUCACCGUGAGUACAAAAAGUGGACAAUACGAAGCCAGCGAACAAGGGAAUGGGAGAACAAUCCCAGAGGCCGUUAAAGACCUAACCUUGCGGAAUAGGAGCACUGAGGAUCUUCACGUGACAUGGACACGAGCUGAUGGGGACGUCGACCAGUAUGAGAUCCAACUGCUCUUCAAUGAUAUGAAAGUGUUUCCUCCUUUCCAUCUUGUCAAUACCGCAACCGAGUAUCGAUUCACCUCCCUGACGCCAGGGCGCCAGUACAAAAUCCUUGUCCUGACCAUCAGUGGAGACGUCCAGCAGUCAGCCUUCACUGAGGGCUUCACAGUUCCUAGCAUUGUCAAAAAUAUUCACGUUUCUCCCAACGGGGCAACAGAUAGCCUGACGGUGAACUGGACGCCUGGUGGUGGAGACGUCGACUCCUACACGGUGUCCGUCUUCAGGCAGAAUCAAAAAGCUGAGUCUCAGACUGUCCCCAAGCAUGUCUCUGAGCACACCUUCCACAGACUGGAGGCUGGGGAACAGUACCGGAUCGUGAUCGCCUCGGUCAGUGGAUCCCUGAAGAACCAGAUAGAUGUGCUCGGGCGGACAGUCCCGGCGUCUGUCCAGGAAAUCAGUGCAAAGAACGCAUACAGCAGUCAUUCCUUAAUAGUAAGCUGGCAGAAAGCGGUUGGCGUGGCAGAGAGAUACGAUAUCCUGCUUCUAAAUGAAAACGGAACCCUCCUGAGUAACACGUCAGCAGCAGCCACCACGAAGCAGCACAAAUUUGAAGACCUGACACCAGGAAAGAAGUACAAGAUACGGGUCGUAACUGUCAGUGGAGGCCUCUUCAGCAAAGAGGCCCAAACUGAAGGCCGAACAGUCCCGGCAGCCGUCACCAACCUGAGAAUCACAGAGAACUCCACCAGACGCCUGUCCUUCGGCUGGACCACCUCAGAGGGGGAGCUCAGAUGGUACAACAUCUUUCUGUACAACCCGGACGGAACCCUUCAGGAGCGAGCUCAAGUUGCCCCCCAAGUCCAGAGCUUCUCCUUCCAGAACUUGCUACAAGGCCGCAUGUACAAGAUGGUGAUUGUAACUCACAGCGGGGAGCUGUCGAAUGAGUCCUUCCUGUUCGGUAGAACAGUCCCAGCUUCUGUGAGUAACCUCAGGGGAGCCAAUCGAAAUAUGACAGACAGCCUCUGGUUCAGCUGGAGUCCAGCCUCUGGGGACUUCGACUUCUAUGAGCUGAUUCUCUAUAACCCCAAUGGCACGAAGAAGGAAAACUGGAAGGACAAGGAUCUGACGGAGUGGCGCUUCCAUGGCCUCGUUCCCGGGCGGAAGUACACACUGUGUGUGGUCACUCACAGUGGAGAUCUUAGCAACCAGGUCACAGGGGAGAGCCGAACAGCCCCAAGUCCUCCCAGUCUGAUGUCCUUUGCCGACGUCGCAAACACGUCUUUGGCCAUCACCUGGAAGGGGCCACCAGACUGGACAGACUACGAUGACUUUGAGCUGCAGUGGUUCCCCCGAGAUGCAGUCACGGUCUUCAACCCCUACAGCAACAGAAAAUCAGAAGGACGCAUCGUGUAUGGUCUGCGUCCGGGGAGAUCCUAUCAAUUCAGUGUCAAAACCGUCAGCGGUGAUUCCUGGAAAACCUACAGCAAACCAGUUUUUGGAUCCGUGAGGACAAAGCCGGAUAAGAUACAAAACCUGCACUGCCGGCCUCAGAACUCCACGGCCAUUGCCUGCUCUUGGAUCCCUCCUGAUUCUGACUUUGAUGGGUACAGCAUUGAGUGCCGGAAGAUGGACACUCAAGAAGUUGAGUUCUCCAGAAAGCUGGAGAAAGAAAAAUCUCUGCUCAACAUCAUGAUGCUAGUGCCCCAUAAGAGGUACCUGGUGUCCAUCAAGGUGCAGUCGGCUGGCAUGACCAGCGAGGUGGUUGAAGACAGUACCAUCACCAUGAUAGACCGCCCCCCUCCUCCUCCUCCGCAUAUCCGUGUGAAUAAAAAGGAUGUGCUCAUUAGCAAGUCGUCCAUCAACUUCACUUUCAACUGCAGCUGGUUCAGCGACACCAAUGGAGCUGUGAAAUACUUCACAGUGGUGGUGAGAGAGGCUGACGGCAGCGACGAGCUGAAGCCGGAGCAACAGCACCCUCUGCCCUCCUACCUGGAAUACAGGCACAACGCCUCCAUUCGAGUAUAUCAGACGGAUUACUUUGCCAGCAAAUGUGCCGAAAGUCCUGACAGUAACUCUAAGAGUUUUAACAUUAAGCUUGGAGCAGAGAUGGAGAGCCUGGGUGGAAAAUGUGAUCCCAAUCAGCAAAAAUUUUGUGACGGACCGCUGAAGCCACGCACCGCCUACAGAAUCAGCAUUCGGGCUUUUACCCAGCUGUUUGAUGAGGACCUGAAGGAAUUCACAAAGCCACUCUAUUCAGACACAUUCUUCUCUUUGCCUAUCACCACUGAGUCAGAGCCUUUGUUUGGAGUUAUCGAAGGUGUGAGUGCGGGUCUCUUCUUAAUUGGCAUGCUGGUGGCUGUCGCUGCCUUAUUCAUCUGCAGACGGAAGGCCAGCCACGGUCAAGAAAGGCCCUCUGCCCGCCUGAGCAUCCGCCGGGAUCGACCACUGUCUGUCCACUUGAACCUGGGCCAGAAAGGGCACCGGAAAACUUCUUGCCCAAUAAAAGUCAAUCAGUUUGAAGGACACUUCAUGAAGUUGCAGGCAGACUCCAACUACCUUCUGUCCAAGGAAUACGAGGACUUAAAGGACGUGGGUCGAAACCAGUCAUGUGACAUCGCGCUCCUGCCGGAGAACAGAGGGAAAAACCGUUACAGCAAUAUAUUGCCCUACGAUGCAUCUCGAGUGAAGCUGUCCAAUGUGGAUGACGACCCGUGCUCAGACUACAUCAACGCCAGCUACAUCCCGGGCAACAACUUCAGGAGGGAAUACAUCGCAACUCAGGGGCCUCUUCCCGGCACCAAGGAUGACUUCUGGGAAAUGGCGUGGGAACAGAAUGUUCACAACAUCGUCAUGGUGACCCAGUGUGUCGAGAAGGGCCGAGUCAAGUGUGACCAUUACUGGCCGGCGGACCAGGACUCCCUCUACUACGGGGACCUCAUCCUGCAGAUGCUCUCGGAGUCCGUGCUGCCCGAGUGGACCAUCCGGGAAUUUCGGAUAUGCAGCGAGGAACAGCUGGACGUACACAGACUCAUCCGCCACUUCCACUAUACGGUGUGGCCAGACCAUGGAGUCCCGGAGACCACCCAGUCCCUGAUCCAGUUUGUGAGAACUGUCAGGGACUACAUCAACAGAACCCCGGGGGCCGGCCCCACCGUGGUCCACUGCAGUGCCGGUGUGGGUAGGACUGGGACCUUUAUCGCAUUGGACAGAAUCCUCCAGCAAUUAGACUCCAAAGAUUCAGUGGACAUUUACGGAGCAGUGCAUGACCUAAGACUCCACAGGAUUCACAUGGUCCAGACUGAGUGUCAGUAUGUGUACCUGCAUCAGUGUGUGAGAGAUGUUCUCAGAGCGAGGAAGCUACGGAGCGAACAAGAAAACCCCUUGUUUCCCAUCUACGAAAAUGUGAAUCCAGAGUAUCACAGAGAUGCGGGCUAUUCAAGGCAUUGAGAAUGCACCCGAGGAGCUCCUGGAUAAAAACUAUUCACUGUGUGAUUUAAAAAAAAAAAACAAACAAAAACAGAAAACUUGCUUCAUGCCCUACAGAGGUGCCAACUAUUUCUGUUGAUACUAUGUAUAAUUUAUUAAUCUGGAGUAUUUUAAAGAAUUUAUGUAAUUUAAAGGUAAUAGAUAUUAUUGUACAUAGUUGUAUUUUGUAGUUUCUUCUGUAAAUAUAUAUAUUUUCAUAAUGUUUAAUAUUAAGCUUUAUAUAAUACUAUUUUUCCACACUAAAGUGUUCAUGGCUUGUUCUACAUAAACUAAUUCAACCUGUAUGACAGGACGACUUGUAAAAUGUGUAUGGAGGUGGUUACAGAGACGGUCCCCUGGGGCCAUGAUUUUUACCAGAUUUGAUGCUUACUGGACAAGAUACAGGGCACGGAUGGACAGAGAGCUGAGAGGACAGCUGGCUUGGCUGCAUUGCUGUCCUAUGAAUCUUAGGAUCCAAAGAUGAUCCACAUGCAACCUGGACAAAUGUAACAGUCAAAGGAAGGGACUGGGGAGACGGGAUUAAGCAGCGCCCGAGCCAGAGUCGGUGGUUGUGUCUCAGCUGGUCAGUCGGUCCCCUUUCUCCUGCCAGAGGUUCAAGCCAGCGUGGUCAGCUCAGGGGCCAGGGUUGCAGGUUUUGAGGGAGAACAAUCCAAACAGAAGUGAUGGGUUCCUUAUGUCACAGCAUGCCACCUGUACUCCCGACUGGGAACAUAGAGCCAGCACGCAAAAUGCCAUCCAUCCAUGGCGACUGGAAUCAGUGUCACUGCAUUCACGGGGUGCCGUGUGGACGUGCACACCUGGACCGUGACGUGUGGGUUGGCUGCUGGACGCACGCAUGUCUUCCUCUCAUUGUUAGUGGCAAAGUCAAAACUGCCCCAGUCAUACUUGGCUUUCCCAGUAGAAGAAGGUUGUGGUGCUGGGUUAUACUCCUGAUUGAAGGGCCUAAUGUCAAUAUCUCUAUAGAAAUGUCCACAGACAGCAUAUAUUGUUAAUUAAAAAAAAAAAAAACAUAAAACCCAAAAUUCAGUGGUGCUUGUAUAAGAUUUUCCAAAAGCCUUUUUUUAGUAAAUCUUUGAAGUCAGAGUAUCGGGUAGUCACCUGAAGUUGUAUUUCAAAUAAAAGGCCCUCCAAACUCUGCCAAGUUGAUCUUCAGUAUGUGAUGCCUAUUUUCACUUUGACAAAUUUCAGUGAGUCAGAAAAUGGGUGUUGCCCUCCGCUAGGUCCAGUCCUGAGGGUCUUCCUGGGGAAAAUUUGAAAGGCCUCAGGAUGUUAUCCACAUGGCUGUUGAGUCAGGAAUGUUUGUCUUUUUCUCACUGCAGAUUUCUUUGUAAUACACUUAAGCCUUCGAGAUCAAGGCUGUUGAUCUCACAGCUUCAUUUGCAGAAAGAGUACAUUUCUUUUCAAAGUGUGUAUUUUUGCUACCUACCAUGAAGUUCCCAAAGGAAUAUACUGGGUAUAAUUGGCAGAGUAAUAAGAAAUCACUUAACAUAUCUAAAAUAGUUACUUAUAGUUAAGGAAAGCUCCACCAAAGCAGGAAAAAAUUCCAGGGCUAUUUGAAGUUUACAGAAACAGGAAAAAAAAAUCUUUAUAAGAAUGAAUGCAAAGGUGAUUCCAAGUUUUCACCGUAUCAUUGUGCUCAGUGCUCUUUGGAAAUGACAGUGUUAGGCUUUGAUCCUGUUUUAGAUAACUAGGUGGAUCCUCUAGAAAUGAAGGAACAACAUACAUAUAAAUGCAGCAGAGGUACCACCAGGGAGAAAAUAAAGGUCCAAGGUUUAUGAGAUGUGGUGUCUCUUAGGAGUAACUAUCCCUACACUCAAAGGAAAAAGCAAAAAAGCAAAAAAGCAAAAAAAAAAAAAAAAAAAUACAGAAUUGUAAGCAAAUGUUGCUGGGUGCAAAUCACAUUCAUACAUGGAAAGGAAAAUUUGUUUUUGGCUUUUCAUUCAUUCAGAAAAGUUUUAGUCCAUGCCUGCAACUUGCUAGGCACUGUCCUGGAAGCUGCAGUAGGGAGCCUGCAUCACAGUCAUAGAGGUAGGGUGGCUGUUACUGUUUUCAAUUAAGCUAAGAGAGGGCCUCAGCGAGGCAGUGAAGUUACCCAGGCCACACACUGGAAAGCUCUGAUGAAGCUUUUCUAGCAAAUCACUGGACUGAAAGGAGAAAGCAACUCAUUGCACAAACCAAGAAUUAAAACCAUAAAAAAAAAAAAAAACCC